CAUCCUUGGGAGAUGUCUUGCAGCGAUGGCGCGCGCCCAACCCGUAAAUUCGGCACAAAGUCGCCGAAGAAACUGUGCGUGACAAAGAGCGAAAACGGCGACAAAACCACAACGACGAUCAGCUGCUCCAGUCAUCGUCACAAUCACUAUCAUCACAGCCAUCAUCGUUUCCUGGACGGCUCGCAGCCGUCGGUGCACAAGCGCAAUCUCUACAUCGUCUCCUUCCCGCUGAUACUGCUGUUCAACGUUCUGCGCACUCUGCUUUAUCAGUUGUUUGUGGUGUUCAAAUACCUCUACACCUCUACGUCUCAACUGAUUCAGCGCAGACAGGCGUCCAAACAGGCCUGUCAACUAGAGAUUGUUGUGGGACAAAAGUCUGAUGAUCGUUUGAUCAACGGUAAUCGAAUAGAAAGCGAGGUCAUGUCGCAAGUGCCUAGACGCCCCAUCGGACCAGGUCCUGGGGAUCCGUUGCUAGCCAAACAGAAGCAUCAUCACCGUAGAGCGUUUGAAUUUAUUAGCAAAGCACUCAAGAUUGACGAAGAUAACGAAGGCCAAAAAGAAAUGGCGAUAGAAUUGUACAAAAAGGGAAUUGGAGAAUUGGAGAAGGGCAUAGCUGUGGAAUGCACCGGUGGACACGGCGAAGUAUGGGAGCACGCGCAAAGACUUCACGACAAAAUGUGUACGAAUUUGGCAAUGGCAAAAGACAGGCUCGAUUUUCUUGCGAGUGUGCGUGAGCUGAGAAAGCUGGGUAUCAACAGUAAUACCAACAAUCGCACAUCUGGAAAUAAAACGGACGGUGACCAUCCGGGAAAGCAUCUGAGGGCUCGCCGCAACAUGCACACAUUUCAAACUGCUCGAACUUCACCUACCAUUAGUCAUAAUAAGAACACAAAUAAUAUACACACGACAGUUAACGCCGGACAGACUAUGUGUACCCAGAUUCCCAAGUUAAGGCCACGUUCACCAAAAAACUAUUUCGCUCAUACUAUUGAAGCAUCUGGUAGGAAAUUAUCGGUUCCUGCCAAGCGAAUAACAGGAACACCUUUAAGUAAGAGCCAGACAUUGCCUCGAAGUAUGGGCAGAUCGACUCCCAUUCAACCUUGCCAUAGGACUAUGCCUAUCAAACCGUCCUCUACCCCACCUUCUGUGAAAAGACAACUGUCUGUACCCGGCAACGGUUCACCUAUAAGACGUCCCGGAACACCGACCACUUCGAACAGUAACAGAAGCACGCCAACCAGAAAAGUACCCAUUUUAAAGGGCGUGGAUCCAAAACUUGCGCAAGUAAUUCUCGAUGAGAUUUUGGAAGGAGGAGCACCAGUGCAAUGGGAAGACAUCGCUGGUCAAGAAACCGCGAAGCAGGCUUUACAAGAAAUGGUAAUUCUACCGUCGCUACGACCUGAACUAUUUACAGGUCUGCGAACACCUGCGAGAGGAUUGCUAUUGUUUGGACCACCGGGAAACGGAAAGACAUUGCUGGCGCGUGCCGUUGCGACUCAAUGUAACGCAACAUUUUUUUCGAUCUCUGCCGCUAGUCUCACAUCAAAAUACGUUGGAGAGGGUGAGAAGUUAGUGAGGGCUUUGUUCGCUAUCGCGCGGGAGUUUCAACCCUCUGUUAUUUUCAUCGACGAAGUAGAUUCAUUAUUGAGCGAACGUAAGGAUAACGAACAUGAAGCUUCGAGGAGACUAAAAACAGAAUUCUUAGUCGAGUUUGAUGGUUUACCAUGCAAUCCAGAAGAAAGAGUGCUCGUUAUGGCUGCUACAAAUAGACCGCAAGAAUUAGAUGAGGCUGCAUUAAGGCGAUUCACGAAACGUGUGUAUGUCACGUUGCCUGACUUGCAAACGAGGAAUGCGUUACUCCGAAGGCUCUUGGCCAAACACAAUGAUCCAUUGACGCCCGAAGAGUUGAAUGAGAUGGCAGUUUUAACGGAAGGAUACUCGGGAAGUGAUUUAACUGGAUUAGCUAAAGACGCAGCACUUGGGCCUAUCAGAGAAUUGAAUCCAGAUCAAGUGAAGGAAUUGGACCUCAAUUCCGUUCGUAAUAUUACAAUGCAAGAUUUCCGUGACUCCUUAAAGAGAAUUCGCAGAUCCGUUUCACCGGCAAGUUUAGCUGCCUAUGAAAAAUGGAACUUUGAAUACGGAGAUGUAAGUCUUUGAUUUGAGAUAAGCCGCUCCAACAAGAGACUCCAGGAAAAAUCACAUUUCAAUGAUUUGAAUUUAAUCUGUAAAACAGAAUUAGAAACGCGUCCCAAAGUUUCGAAACCAUGUAAAGAGUCAUAUAAUACUGUGUAUAUCGACGAAUAGUUCUUGUGUUUUUAUGCUAUUUUACGAACAAUAUUGAUGUUUACAAAAAGACGGCAGUGAAAAGUUAAACAAGAUUUUGUCCUUAAAAUCGUUACGACGUGCUUUCGUCUU